GGACAGGCCCGAACUAGGCCCUUGCCACGCGCGGAACCAGGCCUCGGCGCCCGCCGCGGUACAGGCCCUGAGAAGGCCGCAGCUAGGCCGCGACAGGGUUCCCUCUUGCAGGACUGGGCCGUAAGGCCCUACUCAGGGGCCUGAGGAGCUGCAGCUCAGGUUCCAGAAGGAGAAGAGGUAGAGAGCUGUUGAGAGGUGCACGGGGAGUAAUGCCGAGGCGUGGGCUUAGGGGACAGCGGGGCCCGGUCCGAGUCGGAGGAAGAGCGUCUGGAAGGAGACAAGAUGGCGGCGGCAAAGGAGGCUGGGGGAAGAGUGCCGGCCGCCAUCUUGAAUUAAUCGCUUCUGGCCCCAGACAGUCCCUAUUACGGGCAGGGCAGGGCGGAGACGGCGCCAGUGGGGGAGGCUCGCCCCUCCCCUCCUUUCCUAUGUUGUGCCCAGUUGUCCUGCUUAGCUGCUCAUGGGCCCUGCACGCUCCAGUCCCGCAACCUUCGUCCUCACCGUUGUAGCGGGUGACUCGCUGAGAGGCUCUGGACUGUUUAGUUCGUUGUCUUCCGGUCCUCAGCAGUUAAACGAUGUCCCGUCUCAGCGGGGAAAGAGCGAGCUACACAACCGCCCCCCCCUACACACACGGCCUUGUGCCAGUUAGUGCCGCGGGACUCUUCAACUGGAAAAGAAUAAAUAAUGCUUCAUAAAACUGAAUAGAUGUCUGUCAGUGACUGGCCAUGCUGGGGAAGAUAAUGGUCUGGACCAAUUGGCUUCAUUACGAAAGGCUGGGUGAUUGCUUGACAUCUCUCACGGGGUAUUAACCCUUUCGCAGGAUCGAGGUGACACACCGCUAGAAACUGAACUCAAAAUCCUAUCAUAAACUUUUCUGACUGAUGAGAGUUAAAGGCCAUGGAUGAAGAUGGACUUGAGCUACAGCCACAUGACCCACAUGCAUUUUUUGAUCCUACGGGAACUGAUGGAACACAUUUGAAUGGAAAUGAAAUUGUAGUUGAAAUACAAGAAACAGUGUAUGUAUCAGAUGUGGAGGAUUCUGAUAUAACAGUUCAUAACUUUGUUCCUGAUGAUCCAGAUUCUGUAGUAAUCCAAGAUGUCAUUGAGGACAUUGUUAUAGAAGAUGUUCAGUGUCCAGAUAUCAUAGAAGAUACAGAUAUAUCUCAAACUGUUAUUAUACCUGAACCAGUGCUGGACACUGAUGUCACUGAAGAAGUGUCUUUAGCACAUUGCACUGUUCCAGAAGAUGUUUUAUCCUCUGAGAUCGCAGCUUCAUCAGUGUCGAUACCUGAACAUGUACUCACAAGUGAGUCAAUGCACGUACCUGAUGUUGGACAAUUGGAACAUGUAGUUCAUGAUCAUAAUAAUGUCGUAGAAGCAGAAAUUGUCACAAGUUCUCUGGGAGAAGAUGUAGUUUCAGAAGUGUUGGUAGCAGACUGUGCCUCUGAAGCUGUAAUUGAUGCCAGUGGAAUACCUGUGGAACAUGCCGAUGACAAGGACAACUGUGAAGACUACCUUAUGAUUUCCUUGGAUGAUGCUGUCAAGACAGAAACUGAUGAUUCUAUUGACAUUAGUAGAAAAAUUGCUUCAGAAAGCGAUCCUUGUAAAAUGGAUGGCAUUUGCCCAGAAGUCAUCAAGGUCUAUAUUUUCAAAGCUGAUCCUGGGGAAGAUGAUUUAGGAGGCACAGUAGACAUUGUGGAAAGUGAAUCUGAAAAUGACAACGGAGACACAUUAAUUAAUCAAAAUAGCAGUGUUCGCAUUCCAAGGGAAAAAAUGGUUUAUAUGACAGUAAAUGAUUCUCAGCAUGAAGAUGAAGAUUUAAAUGUUGCAGAAAUUGCUGAUGAAGUCUAUAUGGAAGUGAUUGUAGGAGAGGAAGAUGCAGCUGCCGCUCACGAACAGCAAAUUGAUGACAAUGAUAUUAAAAGCUUUAUGCCAAUAGCUUGGGCAGCAGCUUAUGGUAACAAUACUGAUGCAGUUGAAAACCGAAAUGGAACUGCAAGUGCCCUCUUGCACAUAGAUGAGUCUGCUGCUCUCGGAAGACUUGCAAAACAAAAACCAAAGAAAAGGAGGAGACUGGAAUCCAGGCAGUACCAAACCGCAAUAAUAAUUGGGCCUGAUGGCCAUCCUUUGACAGUCUACCCAUGUAUGAUUUGUGGAAAGAAGUUUAAAUCCAGAGGCUUCUUAAAAAGGCACAUGAAAAACCAUCCAGAGCACCUACUUGCUAAGAAAAAAUAUCGAUGCACUGAUUGCGAUUACACUACAAAUAAAAAGUUAAGUUUGCAUAACCAUCUAGAGAGCCACAAACUUACUACCAAGACCGAGAAGCUCAUUGAAUGUGACGAAUGUGGAAAAAGUUUCUCUCAUGCAGGAGCUUUAUUUACACACAAGAUGGUGCACAGGGACAAGGCAGCAAACAAAAUGCACAAGUGCAAAUUCUGCGAGUAUGAGACAGCAGAGCAGGGAUUACUGAAUCGUCACCUUCUGGCUGUGCACAGCAAGAACUUUCCCCACAUUUGUGUGGAAUGUGGCAAAGGAUUUCGGCAUCCAUCAGAGCUCAAGAAACACAUGCGAAUCCACACUGGUGAAAAGCCCUACCAGUGCCAAUAUUGUGAGUAUAGAUCAGCCGACUCUUCCAACUUGAAAACUCACGUAAAGACUAGACACAGUAAGGAAAUGCCUUUCAAGUGUGACAUUUGUUUUCAAAUAUUUUCAGAUACCAAAGAGCUGCAACAGCACAUCCUUAUGCAUCAAGAAAGUAAAACACACCAGUGUCUACACUGUGACCACAAAAGUUCAAACUCGAGCGAUUUAAAACGACACAUAAUUUCCGUUCACACAAAGGACUACCCACAUAAGUGUGACAUGUGUGAUAAAGGCUUUCACAGGCCAUCAGAACUGAAAAAACAUGUUGCAGUGCACAAAGGCAAAAAAUUGCACCAGUGUAGACAUUGUGACUUUAAGAUUGCAGAUCCGUUUGUUCUAAGUCGCCAUAUUCUCUCUGUUCACACAAAGGAUCUUCCGUUCAGGUGCAAGAGAUGCAAGAAGGGGUUCAAGCUGCAAAUGGAACUCAAAAAACACAUGAAAACACACAGUGGUAGAAAAGUUUAUCAGUGUGAGUACUGUGAGUAUAGCACUACAGAUGCCUCAGGUUUCAAACGGCAUGUUAUUUCCAUUCAUACAAAAGACUACCCCCAUCGUUGUGAGUUCUGCAAGAAAGGCUUCCGAAGGCCUUCAGAGAAAAACCAACACAUCAUGCGGCAUCAUAAAGACAUUGGGCUGCCAUGAGGACUCUUUGUGAUGUGGAUUUGGGAAGGGUUGUGUAAAAGAUACUCUUUCUAGGCAGUCAUUGUAUUUUAAAGCAGAUCACACAAGCAAAAUAGUGUGCAUUUGAUUUAGUGCUGUAUACAGAUAGGAUUAUUGCUUCUAGUUGACUUUUAUACAUUAUGUUCAUUAGUGUGUUCUGAAUUCUCUUCCGUUUAAUAAAUGAGGAAGGAUAGCAACAAUAAAGUUGCAUUUAAUAAAGUAAACUCUGUCUCAAACUGAAUUUUUCAAACAUUAGUUCUCUGAAAUAUUUACCUUACUGACAGGGUUCAUUUUCAGUGACCAUGUUGACAGUUUUGUCAUGGGUUAAAGAGAAUUUUUAAUUUGCUCUUAAUAAAGAAGUCAUAAAGAGAUCUGUAUAAAAUAACCUGGGGGAAAUUAAUGUCAAAUGAUAGCAUUGUACCAUUGGACCCUCUUAAUUGUUUCAUUUGGUAUUUAAAGAACUUGUGACACAAUCUUCAUUUGAGUAGUUACUCAGUACUAUUCUCCGUUAAUUGGGGUUCUUUUUACAUAGUGUUUAAUUCUUCCGUAGUAAGAAAUACAUUGGUUGCUGGGAGCAUUUAUUUUCAGUAAGUGUAAGUUUAAAACUUGAGGCACUUGUUCAUAUUAACUAUCUGCUUCUCUGCCUUUUGGUUCUGUAUUACAAAUGCAUUUGUGUUUUUAAACUUAUUGCUGACUCAUAGUAUAUAUAGAUUUGUUUCAGUUGUUGACAGGAUCAAUUGACUGUUGUUAAGUUUACACCAAAUUAAAAUCAAUUUUAUUACAAGACUCUAUGAAGUAUUUGGUCCAAUCACAUUUUUUAACUAUCUAGCAGCAGUCUUGGACAACUUUUCAAAGAGUAUACACAGUAUAUAGAGAGAACAUCACAUGAAGUAAUAAAGAUCAAAAGCAGACGCCAUUUUUAUGAAGCACUUGUUUUCUUGCAACCUUUUAUACAUUUUCUCUGUUGUUCUUUUAGGAAUACAAAAUGAUAUCCAAUGUUUCCUCUCACUGAUGGAAAUUCGUCACCAGAACGAGGGAGAGAGGCAAUUUUCAGUUAUUCCUCCUCCCUCUUGUAUUCCCUCCAAAAGCUGAUGUGGAGGGUUCCCAAACCCUCCAGAGCAGAUUUUGAUGGAGCGCAGAGGGCUGCUGUCCUCCAUUCUGCUGAUAGAUGCCCUUCAUCAGCAGAGGAAGGAAAGUUAGUUAUCACAGUUUUUCUUAAUUGAAUAAUUUCAGUAAUGAGAAAGUAGUGGUCCCUCAAAUCAGUGGUUUAUUUAGUAAUUUUGUAGAAUUUAUCCAGCUUUUCCUAUGUUUAUACCCUUGUGGAUAGAUGUUGCAAUGACCACCUGUACUCUGAAACCUAUUGCUAACGCAAAGGCUGCCAGAAUUUUGCUUCAUGGCAAACGUGUACUCUGAAUUUGCAAAGUUUGGUAAAAACAAAAAACAAAGCAUGCUGUUAGGGAUGCUGUCUUAGUGUACAUAUACCAUGUUUGUAACUUUAAAAGAGAAAAGAGCUAUGGCAACCUGUUGUGUUUGGCUUGUUUGCGUCUUCAUCCCUCUGGCCUGUGCUGGUCCCCGAAGUACACUGGUCAAAUGUACUGAGGUGAGAUGCAAGUUCCAAAUGAACCUUUUUGCCCCAUGCUUCCCCAGUCUCCUAUUACCUUUCAUCCAAAACAUGGUAUCCCAAUGAAUUCCUAUGGUAUGUGGCCACAAAAUAUAAUGCCUGUACAUUCCUUCAGAUUUCCCAAUAUUCCUGGGUUGAUUGGUUUUGCUUAGUAGAAGACAAGAAUUACUAUUGUGCUCACCUAAAACAUCUUGUUUAUAGAAACAUAAGGCUGUCAGUUUUACAUGGAGCUAUGUUUGUUUCUGUCUUUUCAUUGUGUGUGAACUGUUGCAUGUUCACAAAACCCCUGGAAUAGUUAAUGGGAAUCCAUGGUACUCAAGCACGCUCAUGAGCUCUGGCCCAGUCCAACAGUUCCAGGAUGCACAUGGCUACGGCCAUUCCUUCAUAUUUUAGUAAAUUCAAGCAGCUAUUGUGGAGUUGUAUGGAAUUCUAUAAAGAUUUUGGAUUGUGAUUAUUUUAUUGCUGGAUUACAGCCUUAAAGUCUGGUCCUAAAAGCACUUGUACUCACUGCUGAAAAUGUUUUUGCGAUCUAGCAGAUACCCUAUAAAAUGUAGGUGUCUCAUCUUUCAUUGAAGUCUUGCCCAAAUUUCCAAAUAAUUUACACACAAAUUAUUUUCAAGUCUAUUAAAAACCAAUCAGACUUCAAAUUCCCAGUCUGCUACUGAAAAGUAUUACCCAUAUUGAAAUACGUUCUUGAACAAUUACUCAAAUUAAGAAAGCAAAAACUUGACCCACUUCCUGUUUCUCGAACAUGAUCUGAAAUCAACAUUUGUUUUAAAGCAUAAUUUUUGAAACUUCAACAAGCAAUUACGAGUUUAGUGAAGUGGAUUUUGUACAAUGUGUCUGUAAAAAGAGCAAAUUAAAACUAGUUGUUAAUAUAAUGAUAUUAGUUACAGGCUAGUUUUAUUUGAUUAGCAAAUGCUAUAAAAUUGAUGUUUCUGUUCCAUGUUUUAAAUGGUAUAUUAAAAAACACACACCAAGAACAUAAUAUAAAUAAUUGUUCUGUAAAAAUGCUUGUUAAAUACUCUAUGUCCCUCGCUCUGUACACUUUGUAAAAAUGAAAAACGAAACAAAUUACAUAGACUCAUAUAUAGGGUUGUGUGACACUGUAAUGUGUUCUUGAUGAUAAUGUGAAAAAAAUAAA